AAAAUCCGGCCCGGCCCAACACUAGUAGCGUAGCUGAGAGCCUGAGACGAUGGCCGACUACUACCACGGCGGCAGGGCCAUGUACUCCAACACUGACGAGUGCUAUGACGCCGGCAGGCACGGCGGCAGCGUGAGGGCGUACUCGCGCACCGACGAGUACUACGACAACGUGGACGACCGCAUGAGGAGGCCCGCGUACGGCGCCGACGACUGCGGCUACGGCGGCAGGCAGACCGCCGUGUACGCCGACGAGUACUCCCGCGGCGGCCGCUACGAAGGCUACGGCGUCGAGCAGGAGCACUUCAAGAGGGAGGAGAAGGAGCAUAAGCACAAGGAGCGCCUCGGCGAGGUGGGCGCCCUCGCGGGCGGCGCCUUUGCUCUGUACGAGGGGCACCGUGCGAAGAAGGACCCGGCGAACGCGCAGAGGCACAAGAUCGAGGCCGGCGUGGCAACGGCGGCGGCGCUGGGCGCCGGCGGCUACGCGUACCACGAGCACCGCGAGCAGAAGGAGGCCCACUACGAGAGCAGGCAGCAGGAGCACAGGGUGCCGCACGGGCACGGGCACGGGCACGGCUACUCCUACUACUGCGACUGAAACGACUGAUCAUCCCAUCGAUCGAGAUAUGCAUGCAGAACUCGAUAUAUAUACGGCCCCUAGCGCCGUACACGUGCGUGCGUGUAAGUAAAUAAGAGCAAACGUCGUCACGUGUGUGUUGCUCGAUCACUACUCCAUCGAUCUACUUAUUAUCGUCUGCAAAUAACGACUAAGCGCAUGCUUCUGCAGCGUGUAACGAUCCAUCACUGUUACUAUAUCUAAUGAUGCAUGCAUGCAAUUAAGCUA